CGCUUACUUGUCUAGUACAAAUUUUUGUAUGAUUUUACAAAAAUGCUUAUAACGAAACAAUCGCUUCCAUUCAGAUUUCCAUCUUUCACAAGGAGCAUGUCCAAAAAUGUAUCUAAAACGUUACACGAGGUCUUAAUAUUUGAGAGGUAGCACUGCCACUCGAGCUAGAUUGCUAGAUCAUCCAAACAACAAUUAUGUGCUAGUUAGAUGCUUGUGUUAAUGAUCCAGCCGCUUCUCAAUUAUGAAAGAAGGUGCAUCUCCAACAUGUAUAUUUUGUGAGGGUAAUUUUGUGGCCAAUAUCCUUAGCAAAUGAACCUAAUUUCCUAAGUUUCAUAUUAUUGAUAAUUUUGAUACAAACUCCCGCACAAUGAUUGGUUUUUAUUCAAAAACUAAACCCUCACACAUUAUGUUUAACUGAAUUGAAAUCGUGUUUUGCAAUUGCUUCAAAUACAUUAUUAGAAUAAUCGUAACCCAAUUCAAUUAUAAGAAAAUUUGUCUACCUCACCACGAGAUUGAAUUUUUUGGACGGUAUCUCUUGUAUGUCAAAUUCUGACGAUUUUGUUGGUUACUUGUUGUAUGACAAAGACAAUUAUGUAGCUUCAAUAGUCCGGACAAAUAAUCAAAGCCAUAAUUUCCAUGUCGGCUUUGGGCAGCUUCUAUGAAUUCAGCACCCCAUUUGGCAACAUUGGAGCCGGCGGUGCCGGCCAGCUUCCGAUCCUACAGCCUGGUUCUGUGCUUCAUCUUCCCAUAUCCCUCACAAAAUCAACGCAGGAUGAAAGAAAAGCAGAACCCAACAGCAAAUCUCAAUCGUAACUUGCGAGGAGCAAUGCCACAAAUUCCAUUGUUUCUUUUCAACUCGUAGUUCAUUAACUGCCACUCCAACAUUCUGAACUAUCAGUAAUGGAGAUGGGAAUCAGGAGGUGUCCCUAUGGAUCACUACCCAUGGUUGUUGCUGCUCUUGUUUCGAUCUUGAGGUUGUCGACCACUGCUUCCGGGUACGGAUGUUUCGGCCCGGUUGCAGCUGCAUUUGGCGGUAAUGGGUUCUUCUGCGCCAUUGAUGUUGCAGGGAAGCAAGAGGUCGUAUGUUGGGAUAAAUAUGAAAACUUUACCGCCUCAUCGUCAGCUGCUUACUUGGCUCCCCUGCCUCCCAUGGCUUCACUCUCCGGCGGCGAGGAGUUUCUCUGCGGCAUUACGUCGAACACUUCCCAGCCAUUCUGCUUUAAGAAGUCGGAUCCAGGUACUAAUCUUGUCCCGCCCAGUUUCCAGGACAACUCAUAUUCCCAGAUUGCUGCAGGCCAGAAUCAUGCUUGUGGGAUCAGAGAGACUUAUUACUCUGUUGGGAUUGAGGGCUACGGUCGAAUUGAUUGUUGGGAGUUCAAUCAAACGACCACCUCAUUCUCUAGUCUGUAUGUGGAUAGCCAUGCGUUCAAGAACAUAGUCGCCGGGGAUGGAUUUAGUUGCGGGGUGGUUGAGCAAAAUGGGGUGAUUUGUUGGGGACCCAGAUCAGCAGAAAUAAACGUUCCAGCUAUGUCAGGUGAUUAUGAGAUUUUGGCCUCAGGAAGAAGCUCUGUGUGUGGGAUAUCCAGUGCUUCAAGAGAAGUUCAUUGCUGGGGUUCUGAUGCUAGUCAAGUUAAUUCCCUGCCCAUGGGAGGAGAUAGAUUUGUGCGCUUAACAGCUGGUGCGGAUUACUUUUGCGGGGUUCGUGAGGACAAUCAUGAAGUUCAAUGUUGGGGGUACGACGUUGAUCCAAGUUCGGCUCCAAUGGGGUCUGGGUUCACAGCCAUUGCUUCUUCAGAUUACACCGCCUGUGGAAUACGAGAAGUCGAUUUGGUAGUCGGCUGCUGGAGUGUAGUGUAUGGGAAGUCUCCUACAGAUUACAAGCCACCUGCGCAGCUGUGCAGUCCAGGGACAUGCUCCCAGGCGGCAUCAUCAUCAUGCCCUGAUGGAAUGUUUUCUUUCGACCCAAGCAUUCUCGACGUGCCAAAUUGGACCAACAUCUGUGCAAGAAAAGACCUCAAGAUCUGCCUACCUUGUGGCACAAGCUGUUCACAUGGCUAUUUCGUUUCGACACAGUGUACAGAGAAUGCUGACAGGAAAUGCACCAGUUGCUCGCUCUGCAAUAACAGUUCUUGCUGGGACACCUGUGGACUUCUAAGAACGGCAAACGAGACUCCACAGCAUGAGCAAAAACAGAAGAAGAAACUCGUUCUCAUCAUUGGCAUGUCAUUGUUGGCUUGCUUGUUGCUUGUCAGUUCGUGUUGUGUCAUUUUCCAGGUCAGGAGAGCUACUAGGGAUGGAAAGAAGAAGAGAAGCUACUGGCAGCAGUUCUGCAUAUGUAAGCCAGUAGCAGUAGAGGCCGAUCCUGACCCUGACCCAGAUCCAGAACCCAUUCCUUCUAAGAGCUGGUACGUUGGAAAGGCUCAAGUGUUCCGGCUUUCGGAUCUCAAAGAUGCCACCCAUGGUUUCAAGGAGUUCAACGAGCUGGGCAGGGGAAGCUUUGGGUUUGUGUACAAGGCUGUGCUGUCAGAUGGAAGGCAAGUGGUGGUGAAGAGAGCUAACGCCGCGACCAUAAUCCACACAAACAACCGACAAUUCGAAUCGGAACUCGAAAUCCUGUGCAGGUUGAGACACAGAAACAUAGUUAACCUAUUGGGUUACUGUACUGAGAUGGGGGAGAGGUUACUGGUUUACGAGUACAUUCCGCAGGGGACGCUCUACGACCAUCUCCACGGAGAGCUCUCCCCAUUACUGGAUUGGAGCAUGAGACUGAGAAUCGCUCAGCAGGUGGCACGCGGACUCGAAUACAUGCACAAUGGCAACGACGACAUCAUGGCAGCUGCAAUGAGCAUAGUUCAUGGGAACUUGAGAACGUCGAAAGUGCUAUUAGAUUCCGAGUGGAGGCCGAGGAUCGGAGACUUUGGAUUCUCGAAUGGUGUCGAGAAUCUGAAGUCUGAAAAGGGGGAUGUGUACGACUUUGGAAUUGUUGUGCUGGAGAUAUUAAGUGGUAGGAAGGCUUAUGAUAAAGAGUGUAAUCCUCAUGGAAUUGUGGAGUGGGCGGUGCCAUUGAUUAGAUCAGGGAAUCCUGCUGCCAUUAUAGAUAAGAAUGUGGCUCUGCCGGAGAAUAUGGAACCUCUGCUUAAACUUGCAGAUGUUGCUGAGGCUGCUCUCAGGGACAAUCCGAUUGAGCGGCCUGAUGUGGCUAGCCUCUCAAAUUUGUUGGAUGAAAUUGUGAAAAUGGAGGUUGAUAUUUUGAAAACAUAGGUUUCUUUGAAUAUCAUCGCUCGUUCCAGGCAUUCUUUCAGUGACCUAUGUAUGAAAUGAAAUUUACCUUUAUUAUCAUUGUUGAUAUGAGAAGAGAAAUGAAAUGGAAGGGUAUUUAGAUCUUAAAUGAUAGACUUCAAAUUUUAUGCUUAAUUCCCACUUAAAGAGGUGGAAUUUUCAAGUCCUCGUGAUCCACAGAUUCUUAAAGUUCGUAAGACCUACGGAUUUGUUGUCCCUAAAUACAUGAAGCAAACAAUGGAUUUUGGUUAAAGUUCAUGAUGGAUCCAAAUUAGGGAUGACAACAAAAUCCGAACCCACGGGGUACCCUACCCUACGCAACACCGUCAAAGAGGAUAAAAACCGUGUUGAUGGGUUUUGGGCCGGGUUCGAGUUUAAACCCGUUUACUAUCCACCGGGUUGGGUUUGGGUUUAGGUAAACCCGCCCCAUGGAUACCCGCCCACACCCAUAUAAUUAAUUUUCCUGGUAUAUUUAAUAUUCUAAACAACUAAUCUUCUUUAUGUUUGUGGAGACAUGUCUAAUUUAUUCUUUCUAAUUGUGUAGAGUUGAUAUUAUCGAGUGAAGAAGCUUUCAAUUAAUCAUGUUGUUUAUGGAUAAUUUGCAAUUUGCUUCAAUUUUCUUGAGUUUUCUAGAUUGGUGUUGAACAAUUUGUAUGAUUAAUUUGUGAUUUGCUUGAAUUCAAGAAUGGUGUUUUAUAUAUGGAUAAUUUGUAUUGAAAAAUUGAUAUUUGACUUUUAUUUGGGGUUAAUAUAUUUGUAUGGUCUGAACUUUUCACAUAAUAAACAUACUGGUCAAUCUUUACGAUCUAUAACAUCAUGGCCUGAACUAUACACCAAAGUAACGAAAUUGACCAAACCCUAAAAUUGACCGUUAUCUUGGACGGUCAAACGCGUUGACUAACGGUCAUGGCCUGAACUAUACACCAAAGUAACGAAAUUGGCCAAACCCCAAAAUUGACCGUUAUCUUGAAAGGUGUUGACUUGGCGCAUUGACCGUUAGUCAACGCGUUUGACCGUCCAAGAUAACGGUCAAUUUUAGGGUUUUGCCAAUUUCGUUACUUUGUUGUAUAGUUCAGGUCAUGAUGUUAUAGAUCGAAAAGAUUGGUCAGGAUGUUAUCAUGUGAAAAGUUCAGACCAUACAAAUAUAUUAACCCUUUAUUUUGAUAGAAACUUGUUAUUGUAAAUAUUCUACGACAAAAACCCAUGGAUACCCAGCGAGUUGCGUUGGGUUGGGUUUGAGUUUUUCAAAACCAGUAGAUUUUACUCCAAGUUUUUCACGAAUAAACCCAUGGAUUAUCCAUUGCCAAUUGGCCAUCACUAAUCCAAAUACAUCAUCAAUUUCUCCACAAAAUCCAUCAACCAAACAACCCUUACAAAUAAGGAAAGGAAAGGGGAUGUGGCCGAGCAUGCUAGGGAAGGCUAGCUGGGCCGCCUCUUUUGGGACCAACUCCACUUGGACAUGAAUUGAGAAGCCGAGCUUGUACAGAUAUGGGCCCAAGUUAGGGAAUAGCAUUGGACUUGAAGGUAUUUAAUGUGGGCUGAAUCUUGCAUCUUGAGAAAAAGGUCAGGAGAUGGAUGCAGAAACUCAGAAAGGAUGAAGUGGGGUCUAGUGAAUGGGCUAGUUUGACAGGAGAGAAAACACAAUUAACUUAAGGGAUGAGUAUUAUUAUCACAAGAGUGGUUAAUUUGGGUGUAAAUUAAAUAUACAUGUAUUAUUCUAGCUUAAACGUCUAUGUAUAAACAAGAGUGUAUUAUUAUUACAAGAGUGGUCAAAUUUUUAUAUUUUGUGAGAGUUUAAAAUUUUAAAUUAUACCCCCGAAGUUGAACAUAUGAUAUUUCCCCUUCUCCCCGUUGGUCGAGCAUAUUCUAACCUCAACCUAGAAUAGAUCAAUUGACUGUGUAAGCUCCAUCUUUUUUAUUUUGGUGUUUGGCUUCAUAUUUUUCAAUUCUUUCAUUCAUAAAACUUUAGUUUUGGAGAUAUGGAGACAAUUUGACUCCCAAAUGAGCUGAAGCUAGUUUAUUUUGAAAAGAAGCUUAGCUCAUUAAAUCAAAUUACACAAAAGAGAGUGUAGGAUGUAUGAUUAAAAAAUAAUUAUAUUUAUGUUGUAGUUGAGUAAGAUUUUUCAAAUAAGAAAACAAGACAAUAAUUCACCAAGAACUUGUGUUGUCUUCCUCUCUCAUGCUUUCAAGGUUAUAACUUGUGGAUUCUUCUUCUCUAUUAUUUUUCUUUGAAACAAGUUAAAAUUUUCAUAAGACAUUAUCAAACCAAAUAACAUGACUGAAACCAAAACGUCAUGUGCUUCUAUAUCGACCACGUAAGGUUGGUUUAGUUUUGAUGGAACCAUUCAUAUGCCCCCAUCUUUAAUUGAGGUCUGAAAGUAUAUAUUAUGAUGUAAUCUUUUUUUUUUCUUUUUUUUUUUGUUGAAACAAUUAUGUAAACUUUUUUUCCUGAAAGUGGUAUUGCUUUGAAAAGGGAAAAGAAGGAAAGUAAUUUCGGGAAUUCCUUGUAUGGUGCAAGGUAUUAUCUUUUCUAUGUCGAAAAAAGAUACAAGAUAUAAUAAAUCAUAAAGGAAAAGUUGGAAAGAAAUCAAAAGUUUGAUGAUAUCAUAUGCAUUAUGUAAUUGCUGGUUAUUUAUUGGCAUUACGGGAAAUGGGGUUUAUGGAGCAGCUAAUUUCAUAAUAAUUGUUGAAGCUUUUGUUCAUUUCAAGAGGAAAAGUGGGGAUGAAGAAAAGAAAAGGCAGAGAAGUUUUGGGGAGAGAAAGAAAGCCAAGAGAAGAGAGAAUCCAUGUGGUUCCAAACACUUCCAGACAAAAGCAAAAGGCAAGAGACUGUAGAGAGAGAGAGAGAGAGGAGAGAAGGGAAAGCCAAAAAGGGUUUUGCUUUGCUUUUCCCUUCCCCCGAGCCUCAUCACCUCAUCAGAAAGAAGAGAUAGGAAGAAGAUGGGAAAUUCCAUUCAUUCUAUCAGAAAAAAGAAAGUUGUCCGCUGUGUGUUCAUAUUUCCCCGAAACCACCAUCCACUUCCCCCACCAUUAUAAGUUGUCAAUGAAGGAAGGGCACUCAGGGUUUAGGGAAGAAAAAGCUUGCUUGCUU